AUGGCUACAGUUGCGGUUCAACUUGCGCCAGGUAACGUCCUCGGACAGGUCGUUGAACCUCUUGCUUCGAAAAAUAAGCCUGCGAAGCACGAUGUUGCGGCAGAGUUAUACUACUACAAGGAUCCCGGUGACGGAACCCCACCGGCUCCAUCUUACGUAGGAAAGCCCGCCACUUAUCAACGCCCUCACGUCGCCCAGAAGGUCAUCAUCCAUGACAUUUCCGGAGACGAGGAUAAAUACACCGUCGACAGUCAUGGUUUCCAGUAUGUGAAACAUGAGAGCAAGGAGAAGGAUUUCCUCGACGACGAGAAGAUCAAGGCGGAUUACUACCCGGAAGUUGAGCAGCUUCUGAAGGAUACCACUGGAGCAUCUCGCAUUUUCAUCUUCGACCACACAAUUCGCCGCGCAACCUCAGACGUGCGUGACAUCGCAGGCCAACUUCGCGGUCCUGCACGCCGUGUCCACAUCGACCAGUCUUAUGGUACCUCAGAGAAUCGUGUCAAGUACCACCUCCCCGAGGAAGCCGACGCGCUCCUGAAGAAGCGCUACCAGAUCAUCAAUGUCUGGCGACCGAUAAAGACGAUUCUCAGAGACCCCCUCACCCUCGCCGACGCCCAUUCCGUGCCCGACAGUGACCUCGUCCCGGCCAAGUUGAUCUACCCGGAUCGCGAGGGCGAGACUUACGCGGUCAGGCCUAACCCGAACCACCAGUGGUACUUCAAGUACGGGCAACGGCCCGAUGAGCCGCUGCUCAUCAAGUGCUUCGAUUCUGUCAACGACGGGCGCGCAAGGAGGAUUCCGCACACUGCGUUUGUCGAUCCAGCGCAUGAGGAUGAUCCGCCCAGAGAGACCAUCGAGGUGAGGACGCUGGUGUUCUAUGAUUAUUAG